UCUCUCUCUCUCUCUCUCUCUCUCUCUCUCUCUCUCAGUUUGUGAAAGACUGCUGGCCCAAACUUUUGGAGAGGACAAAGCUUGGUGUUCAUCUUCAGACGGCUCUUGCAUUGCCUCUGUUACCUUGACAAGAGAGAAGAGGAGAAACAAGUUAAAAGAUCAAAGUAAGAGGAGAGAGGAUAGAUCAUCUUUGUUAUGGUGUCUCUUUUUGACACACACAGGCAAGGUAACUGAAGAACAUUGAGACAUUGAGGAGAGACUGUUUUUACUCUCGGACUUGAUAUUCACUUUUGACCUGUCGUCACCUGUGAUUUGGUACCAUUGAGAACAGGUGAGAAUGCGGUCCAGGUGCAGCACAGCCAUGGAGGGCCCAGACGGAAGACAGAUAAACCAGGUCACCCAGCCCACCAAAGCCUUCACCAAAGAGGAGGGGGAGAACACACCAGAGCUGGUGAAGAGGAAAAUGAAGGUCCAGCGGGCGGAGAAAGAGAAAGAGGGGAAGACAGUGGUGUCUGGAACAGUGAAAAGGCCCCAGAGAACCACAGAGAGCAGUAGAGGACAAAAGAAGGCAGCAGGGCUGACAGAUCUCUCUAAGGAGGACCUUCUCCGUCUGCUGGGAGUCAUGGAAGGAGAGGUGCAGGCCAGAGAGGAUAUCAUCCACAUGCUGAAGUCAGAGCGUACGCGACCCGAAGCCCUGGAGGCCCAUUACGGCUCAGCUGCCCCCAUCAAACCCCUCCAGGCCCUGCAGAGAGACAGCCUUCUGACCAACACUACAAUGCUAGGGGACAACGUCUAUGAGAUGCCCAUGCAAGAGUUGGACCGGCUGGAGGACAAGCAUCGCGAGACGUACAGGCGUAUGCUGGAACAGCUGCUGCUGGCCGAGAAGUGUCACCGCCACACGGUUAAUGAGCUGGACAGCGAGAAACGCAAACACACAGACUUCAUGAACAAGAGUGAUGACUUCACCAACCUGCUGGAGCAGGAGAGGGAGAGAUUAAAGAGGCUGCUGGAGCAGGAGAAGGCGUACCAGGCUCGUAAAGACAAGGAUCACAGCAGGAGGCUAGACAAGGUCCGUGAGGAGCUGGUCAAACUCAAGUCCUUUGCCCUGAUGCUGGUGGAUGAGCGGCAGCUCCACAUUGAGCAGAUCGACCAGCAGAGCCAGAAGGUCCAGGACCUUAGCAGCAAGCUCCAGGAGAGAGAACACCGGCUGGCCGCCGUAAGCGGCACCGCCAAGGAGGACGGCCAGAAGGUCCUCAGGCUAGAGGCGGAGCUGGAGUGCAAAGCUGCCAAGUUCACCCAGGAGCAUGAGGAGAUGACUGCCAAGCUGGCCAACCAGGAGUCCCAGAGCCGCCAGCUCCGCCUGAAGCUGGCAGGCCUGGCCCACAGGAUCGAGGAGCUGGAGGAGAGCAACAAAGCACUGCAGAAGUCAGAGGAGGACCUCCUGGAGCUAAGGGACAAGAUCAGCAAGGGGGAAUGUGGGAACUCCAGCCUCAUGGCAGAGCUGGAGAACCUGCGCAAGAGAGUGCUGGAGAUGGAGGGCAAGGACGAGGAGAUCACCAAGACGGAGAGCCAGGCCAGAGAGUUGAGGAAAAGGCUGCAGGACGAGGAGACCACCGGCCAGGAGCUGAGGCUGGAGGUGGAGAAAAUGCAGAAGAGAAUGGUGGACCUGGAGAAACUGGAGAGGGCUUUCAACACGAGCAAAUCAGAGUGUGCAACACUUCAUAUUAACCUUGAAAGAGAGAAAGGACUGGCAAAGGACUUAGCCGGUGAGCUGGACACAGUGAAAAACCGUGUGAAAGAACUGGAGAACUCUGAGUCGAGACUUGAGAAGGCAGAGAUGGGCCUAAAGGACGACCUGAUGAAGCUGAAGUCAUUUACAGUGAUACUAGUGGAUGAGAGAAGGAACAUGACUGAGAGAAUAAAACAGGAGGAGCAAAAGAGCGAUGAUUUAAAUAAGAUGUUCAAAACUGAGCAGAGUAAAGUUAUGGAUGUCACAGAAAAGUUGAUUGAGGAGAGCAAAAAGCUCCUUAGACUGAAAUCAGAAAUGGAGGUAAAAGUGACGUCUCUUACUAAAGAGAAAGAUGAACUGAAAACUAAACUUGCAAGUGAAGAGGAAAAGUGCAGGGAUCUUAGCUCUAAGGUCGGUGUAAUAAAAAAACGAAUGGACGGGCUAGAGGAGGCAGAAAGGGUAUUGUUAAAAAUCAGCACCAAUAAGGACAACAAGAGACCCCCAGACGAGGACAACAAAUUCAAGGAGCUAACGCAGGAAAUUGAAAGGCUCAAAAACCGUCUCAAACAGCUAGAGGUGGUGGAAGGUGACCUGAUGAAGACAGAGGACGAGUAUGACUUACUGGAGAAGAAGUUUAGAAUGGAGCAGGACAAGGCCAAUGCCCUCUCUCAGUUGCUGGAGGAGAUGAAGAGUCAGACCGCCAGGAACAAAGCCAUAGAGAAGGGAGAGGCGGUGAGCCAGGAGGCUGAUCUGAGGAUGCGCUGCAAGAUGGAGGAGGCAAGGACCAGAGACCUGCAGGCAGAUGUUCAGGCCCUCAAAGAGAAGAUCCACGAGCUGAUGAACAAGGAGGACCAGCUCUCCCAGCUGCAAGUGGACUACUCCCUCCUCCAGCAGAGAUUCCUGGAGGAGGAGGACACAAAGAAGAGCCUGAGCCAGGAAGUGGUCAACCUCACCAAAGAGCUGGAGGUCACCAAGCGCUACAGCCGCGCCCUGCGUCCCAGUAUGAAUGGAAGGAGGAUAGUAGACGUCCCUGUCACCUCCACCGCAGUCCAGACAGAUGUGGUGGUCAGUGAACCUGCCGAGGAGGACACGCCUGCAGUGUUCAUCAGGAAAUCUGUCCUGGAGGAGAACCAUAUCAUGAGCAACCUGAGGCAGAGGGGUCUGAAGAAGCCUGUAACCGUGCUGGAGCGCUACCCCCCUGCAGCCACCGAGUUGGGCAUGAGAAAAUCCUGGAUCCCCUGGAUGAGGAAGAAGGAUGCAGUGACGAUCACUCAGACCACCCCAGAGAAUACCCCAACCCCUCAGGACAACGGGGACUCCUCCACUCGUCCACCCGAGCUGUCCAUGUCCCAAAAGCCAGGCCAGCCGUUGCACAUUCGAGUAACCCCCGAUCACGAGAACAGCACUGCCACUUUGGAGAUCACCGGCCAUCGUGCUGAGGACUUCUUCUCCAGCGCCACCAUCAUCCCCACCUUGGGCCUGCAGAGGCCUCGCAUCACCAUUGUUCCCAAACCCACCACCAUGUCCUCAAAGAGCAAGCCGGGUGAGGGCAUGAUGGGGGGGCCUGAGCGGUGCAAGUCUCCAGUCACCAUCACCACCAUCUCCAGGGCCAAGUCCCCAGAUAGGAGUAAGGGCUCCUCCUACUCAGACUCGAACAGACCCCUCUCCCCCGUCUCCAUCAUCACAGUGAGCACCACUCCAGUGGCCGAGGCCUUUGCCUCCGCAUCCCCAGAGCCCCAUGACAUGAGCAACAUGGGCCGGGCUGUGUUCAAAGUGACCCCAGAGAAGCAUACAUUGCCUAUGCCCGUCAGGAAAUACAACUCCAACGCCAGCAUAAUCACCACCACGGAGGACAACAAGAUCCACAUCCACCUGGGACCUCAGUUCAAGAGGCCAUCAGACAUCAGCAGUAGCAGCCCUACACUGACAGUCAGUCCCCUUAGUGUGAGCACAGAGAGCAAGGAGGCACCCACAGGUACGGUGCUGCGCUCCCCACGUCACCCCAACAACACCACCACCGCUCCUGGGAAGACCACCCCCAGCAAAUUGACCAGCAGCAUCACCAUCACCCCCAUCACCUCGGCACCGUCCAGGCCAACUCAGUCUGUGCCCGGGGCGGAUGUGCAGUCAACUCGGGCCGCGGCCACACGAAUCCCUAUGUCAAAAGGUAUGAAAACAGGCAAGGCAGUUGUGACAGGCGUCUCCACUGUGACACGGUUAGAGUCGCGAGCCGAGUGCCAGUCAAUGAAAAUUGAACUGAGGAGGUCGACAGUCUGCAGCUCUACCUCCGCAGGGGGAGGGAAGUGCUGAGGGCCACACGCUGCCAUGGAAACGCUGUAGCCUCACUAUCUUUCUAUGGACUCAGUCACCCAUCAUUCAAUUCUGACCAGUCGGUUGCCAGCCAAAAACAUAUAGAAUAGGAUACUGUAGCAGGCACCUUGAUCUGCUCACAGGAACAUGGAAAACACAGAAUAGCUCUAUCACUGACAUGUCCCUUUCCUCCUUUUUAAACAUUGGGGUAAAAUGCAUUGAAAUUAGAUUGUAUUGUAAUUAUGUACGUUUUCAAAAAAGAUUUUUAUAUCCAUGUUGAAAUGCUUUUUGUUUUGAAUGACACAUUACUAAUCCCUCACCUGGGUUGUUGUCACACUGAGAUAUUGUUUAUUUCACAAUUUCUUAUGGAGGUUUCCGAAUACAGUCGCUCUAACGGGUUUCACAUGUGAAAUACAUUUUGAUCAGUCAUCAACGACACUAGUUUGUGGCACCAAAAAAAUUAAAAAUAAAACAUUAUUUGGAAUAAAGUAUGACAGUGUUGUUUGUUUAUUAUUCACGUGGAGAUAUUAUGACAAUGCAAAAUCUUCUUCAUGUUCACUAAACAAAGAAUUUAGUGAAAGCAAGCGAGUAACAAUCAGGAAACCUCCAUAGUGCUUUAUAGUCAUACAUCUAUAAAAUGGUUUACAGCAUGUUAAGCACACUAAGCAAAAUCAACAAAAGCCUAAUCUGUAAUCUUGCUUGUUCAUAAUGCUAGUAGGCUAGUACUGGACAUCCAUACAAAAGGAAUGAAAUACUAUAGUCAAUCAGAAUAAAAAUGUGAACAGAACUGGGAUUUGAUCAUCAAUUUAUGAAUUUCCUUAAUGAUUUAAAUACCUGAUAUUUUGGAGUAGGCUUUCAUUCAUAAAGGCUUCCACAGAGUUCACAGCUACGGAGCCACAAUCUGUGGAAGUAACAUAAAAUCCAUAAUGUAUCACACAUCAAAGGUUUGAUUACCUAACAAGCAAAUGAAAUGAAAAACAAAAGUGACCUGCAAUGACAGUAAAGUGAUACUGUUUGUACUUGAAACCGUCCGUUGAUUACAGUCAUGCAUAGUGCUAAUGGGAGAGGCUUUUCCUUGUUGAGUCAUUGAACUUUACUCAGUGACUGCAU